CUCCAUGGAAACCGCAGAGGAAACGACAACAAACUCAAGUCAGCAGUCAACAUGAGUGUUCUUCGGAAGGAUAACAAUGAAGCGGUUGUUGGUGGGUCUCCGCCGGAGAGCGACAUGUUUCACGCGGCCGCGAGCGGAGCGCGUGACUGGUUGAGUUUGACACUGAAAAAAGCGCGAAAACCACUGAUUACCGACAAACACGGUCUCUCUGUGCUUCAUAUAGCUGCCCUUCAUGGUCAUCUGGACUGUAUGGAGCUGCUGCUGGCUGGAGGUUAUGCCGAUGUGAAUGUCAGUUGUCCUCAUGGACGCAGACCUUUACAUAUGAUGCUGACGGCUCAGAGUCAACCAAACACUCACGCCGGACUCAUUUACUUGCUGGAACACGGAGCCCACAUCAGUGUCUCCACAGAUGAAGGGCUGACCCCACUGCAUCAGGCCGCAGCUGAAGGUCUGACCGACUGCACUGAGACGCUGGUGAGACACGGAGCAAACACACACACUCCAGACACCAGUGGACACACACCUCUCGACCUUGCGCGCAUCUGGGGUCACAGAGACACUGCCAGGUUUCUGAAAGAUGCCAUGUGGAGGAAAGACAAAGAGCAGCAGAUGAAGAGAAGCAAACAUCAGCACAAUCUCAGACAGGAGCUGCUCAUGAUGACCAAGAGCAGAGGAAAGUGUGUCAGUGUGCUGGAUCUGCCUCGUCUGGGUCGGUCUGGAAAAGCCAUGAGCUCACCCUGGACUGAAGUGGUCCUGCAUCUGUCUGAAGAGCUCAAGCCGGGACACUAUUAGACAUCACACUAAACAGAGACCAACUUCAUGCUUUCAGUAAGGAAUAAAAUGAACUCUUGCUGCAU